AUGGCUUCCAAAUUUCUUUACCAAUGCACUUGUUUCGCUUUGGUCUUCAUUAUGGGGGCUUUGGCUUCUCAAGCAACAUCUCGCUCUCUUCAAGAAACUUCAAUGUAUGAGAGACACGAGCAGUGGAUGGCUAAAUUUGGACGUGUCUACAAAGAUAGUGAUGAGAGAGACAAUCGCUUCAAAAUAUUCAAGGAAAAUGAAAAUGUAGAAACAAUAGAAUCAUUUAACAAAGCUGCGAAUAAGCCUUACAAGCUUGGUGUCAACCAAUUUGCAGACCUUACAAAGGAAGAGUUCAAAGCACGGAACAAACUCAAAAGGCGUGUUUGCUCUACGGAGGCAAUUUCCUUCAUGUACGAAAAUGUGACUGCGUUACCAGCUACAAUGGACUGGAGAAAAAAAGGAGCUGUAACACCUAUCAAGGACCAAGGCCAAUGUGGAUCUUGUUGGGCAUUUUCGGCUGUGGCGGCUACAGAAGGAAUUACUAAACUUAAAACAGGUAAGCUAAUAUCUUUGUCUGAGCAAGAGUUGGUCGACUGUGACACUAGUGAAGAUCAAGGCUGUGAGGGUGGUCUCAUGGACGAUGCUUUCACAUUCAUCCAAAAAAAUCAUGGCCUUACUACCGAAGCUAAUUAUCCCUACGAGGGAACUGAUGGAACUUGCAGCACCACCAAAGAAGCAAACCAUGCAGCCAAGAUAACCGGGUACCAAGAUGUACCUGUCAAUAGUGAGGGUGCACUGUUGAAAGCUGUUGCAAAUCAACCAGUCUCGGUUGCCAUUGAUGCUGGAGAAUCAGAUUUUCAGUUCUACUCGAGUGGUGUCUUUACGGGGGAGUGUGGCACUGAGCUAGACCAUGGUGUUGCUGCUGUUGGUUAUGGCACUGGUGAAGAUGGAACUAAAUAUUGGCUAGUGAAGAACUCGUGGGGCACAAGUUGGGGUGAAGAAGGAUACAUAAGAAUGCAAAGAGAUGUCAAAGCUGUGGAAGGCCUAUGUGGUAUUGCAAUGCAAGCUUCGUAUCCAACUGCAUAG